GAACUUAAGUGACCCGGUGAAAAUGGAAUAGUCUAUUGGAAGCUCGAGAACAGAAGAACGGUAGGAUUGUUCCAUUAUGAUUAUAUUAUUUUGAAGAACAGUUGGCCCAUCCUUCUGCGACUUCCAAGCACCUAACAGUUUCUUGAUUGUGUCUUCUGUAAAAUUACACACGCGACAUGAGAGUGACUGAUUGGUAUUUUUACUCCGAGCAACCUUCGAUGGGGCGAGAAUGUUUUAUCCAAAUGUUUUUCUGUGUAAUCGUCUGCUCAUCUCUGAUGAUGGUGUUCGUAUUUAGUGCUAAUGAAUCCGUGAAAGUCUGGAGAAAGUCGCAAAAUGGCCUUGGCGAAAACGCUUUAGGUUCCUCGACGCGAUUGCUCUCAGAAGAUGGACGUAACGACUUGUAUGCUGGACAGAUCAAGAGAUCUAGAGCCAUCAAAGGGUUCAGCAAACCUUCAAGCAAUUCUUCAGAUGGGGCGGACUUUGUUGUCAACCAUGCCAAUGGUUCAACCUCGUAUACUGAAAACCGUGUGCUCUAUAAGUUUUAUAAAGCAAGCCAAGAUCCUUCUUACGAUUGCGUCAUCAGGAUUCUCAAGCACCACAGACCACUCGAUGAGGAGGUUUACAUGAACAACGAGGAAUGGGUCAGGUCUAGCUGUGAGGGCACACCUUGCAGUAUAGAAGUGAGAUACAGUCUUGAUUUGAGAGAUUUCUGGGAUUCGGAUGUAGUGGUAUUGAUGGAGGGGGCGUUCGGUAGCUACGAGUGGAAGUAUCUCCUUAGGGCGAAGCCUCCAGGACAAAUGUGGAUGCUGUAUUCCAAAGAGUGUCCUGUUCAUGAGCCACAGUUAAGUCCUCCGUCGGAUUUAUUUUCAGGUAACCCUUACAACCUUAGCAUGACGUACCGAUCAGGGUCAGACAUCUACAACCCGUAUGGAUACUUCGUACGAGAUCGACCUUGUGGUGUAAAGAAUUUUAAGAAGUCAGAGUUGAUGAUGUGGAUGGCAUCUCGAUGUAAACCGCUGGGAUGGGAACGAGCAAAGUUUGUCCAAUCCUUGAAGCAACAUCUGAAUGUCCACACCUACGGGCGUUGUGGUACGUUGGAUUGUCCGAAGAAUGACCGGGACAUCUGCCUGUCGAAGAUGAGAAUGUACAAGUUUUACCUUUCACUUGAAAAUAGUGAAUGUGCUGAGUACAUCACCGAAAAAAUGUGGAGGAAUGCCUUCGACAAUGGCAUGAUCCCCGUCGUAUAUGGGGCAAGAAAAGAAGAUUAUCAAAGGUUGGCGCCGCCCGAUUCUUUCAUUCAUCUUAACGACUUCAGUACGAUGGAAGAAUUUGUGGAGUACAUCAAUUUAUUGGAUCGGAAUGAGACGCUCUACAACAAAUAUUUCGAGUGGAGGAAGCUGGGAAGGGUUUCUUAUGGCGAAGGGAGAAAAACAACAAUGCAACCUUCAGGACUCUGUAAGUUGACAAAGAAGCUGGUGGAGAUCGGAAAGGACCCACAGAAUUCAUGGAGAGCUCGAAAUCCUAAUUUUAGAAAAUGGUGGACUGGUUCAUGUGAACAUCAGAAAGAACUCUUAGGUGUGAGAAUAUAGUGUGAGAUACAGUACAAGAAAUCAAGAGUCUCCAGAAUGGAAGUGAAAACCAAUUAGAAAGCAUCUUCAGUAAGACGACUUUAUCAUGUUUAGGAAACCGUGUUCAAUAGCCCUGCAUUUGCUGGAUAAAUUUCGUCGGCAAUUUUUUAAAAUAUCUUGACCGUGGACUUGCCUAGGGUCUGCUUCAUAAAACUGGCUAUGAUAGCAAAUUUACAGUAGUUCAAAGCUACUGAAAUUCUUCAAUAUGAUUGGCUGAUGGUAAAUUCGUUGUAAAAAUCACUGCCCCGUGUCUGCCUUGUGGAUUCCAACCAAAUCUUUGAAAUUCAAUUUUCAUAUGCAUUUGAUGAGAAGUAAAUUGACGUCAAAUAAUUUGCUACACACUAAGAAAUAAAGAUUCAAAA